AACCCUCGUCACGUGAUCUUCCCCAACACGGGAGUUUCCGCGACAGCUGAGUAGUAGCGGCCAAAAGGCGAUGUACUUAUAACACUCAUCGUUUUUAACUCCGCGGACGCCAACUUGUGUAUUAUGGGUGACAAGAAGAGUCCCACAAGGCCAAAGCGGCAACUGAAGCCGCCCGCCGACGAUGGCUACUGGGACUGUAGCGUCUGCACCUUCAGGAACACAGCUGAGGCGUUCAAGUGCGUGAUGUGCGACGUCAGGAAAGGCACGUCAACUCGGAAACCACGGCCUGUUUCUCAACUUGUUGUACAGCAAGUAAAUCAGCAAUUUGCAGCACCCGCGCAAAUUAAAAAGGAGAAGAAAGAAAAAUCAGAGCGAGACAAGAGCGAUAAAGAUCCUUCGCUGAGGAAGAAAAGCUUAAAAAAGAUGAGGCCGAGGUUGAAAAACGUGGACAGGAGCAGCGCCCAGCAUCUGGAGGUCACAGUCGGCGAUCUAACAGUAAUAAUCACAGACUUUAAGGAGAAAGCCCGACCCGCGUCGACUUCAACAAACGCCACCUCGGCGGAACUGCACAGUCAAAAUGGCUCGAGCUCCGACAACACUGAACGAGGGGUUUCCCGAUGCUCUUCUCCGCGAGGGGACGGCUCAUUGGUCAGCGGAGACACUCACUAAAUCCUCAGGACAUCCCCUAACAUGGCACAACACAUUUUUUCUAAACUCUUGACAGCCUCAAACUGCAGAUCAACGUGCAUGUUUUAUAAUGAGUUACUCUUAUGUUAGAAUUGCCUUCCAUGUUAGGUUGUUUUUGUCACUGCCUUCUCAUAACAACGAUCAAUUGAGAGAUAAACUGAGCAAACGGACAAGUAGCAUUAAAGUCUUGCAUGAUGCAAUGUAAAGUUUAUAUCAUAUUGUAGUUUAUCCUAAAAUUGUGUUAUUUGCACUUAAGGGGCAUCUUUUAUUUUGUGUCCCAAUGUCCCAUCUGUUUGUCAUUAUUAGUUCAUUACAACAGUUUGUUUUUGUUUCAACUUCUCAUGUCCUUGGCUGCAAUACCUAUAAAAAUAUGGAACAGUA